AUGGAAACAACUCAUCAUGAAGGCGUUGAAAUAGACCCUAAGCUCACCGACAUCGCUUUAGAGCAGAAUCCUAGCCUCAUCCAACUGCCGAGCUCAGAUAAUGAUACUUGGCCAAGCUGGCCAAGUUCUCCUCAUUCAAAUUUAGAAAGAGGAAUGGACGAAUAUCUAGAUAAAAUGUUCGAAGACAAAACCGAGUCUCAAGAGGAGUCUCCAACCGCUGCUUCGAGCUUGAAAAAGAAAAGAGGAAGAAGGCCUCUUCGACCGCAUGAUCCAAUUAAGAAGAAAACCGAAGAAAAGGAUAAAUAUUGGCUAAGAGCUUUUCGAGCUUAUAUGAAAGAACUAUACCCAAAGAUUUCAGAUAAGAUGGGCUUAGAAGAGCAGGUGUUUUGGAAUGAGCACUUAGGAUCUAAUGGAAAGCCUGAAAAAGGCAAUCGGUUUUUAUCUUAUGGAAAGCGAUAUAAAAAUUAUCUAUUCACCAGACCUUACUUUGUGACGCUAUUUCAAGAUUGGUUUAAAGAGCAUGGCAAGGCUGAACUUUCAAAGAAAUGCAAGCCUGGAAGUGAUCUUUGGUUCGUAUUUUACGACUACGCGACAAAAGAUUUGCUAAACUAUGUCCCAACAGGGAGUUCUUCUAUAGAUGGAAGAGAGUCCCCACUUAGUUGUGCAUCACCUCCAGGAGAGACACAGGAUGAAAUGGUCAAUGAGCCCAUGGAUUUCUUUAUGGUAGACAAUGAAAGUGAAGAUAUAAUUGAGUCAUUUUUUAAUUAA